AUGGGUCGAGCAAUUUCGUUGUAUUUGGUUGCUGUUUUUGCAUUUUGGAGUGUUCUUGGUGUGAGAUCAGAGGAUGCUUACAAGUAUUACACGUGGACUGUGACCUAUGGAACUGCUGCACCUCUAGGGAUUUCUCAACAGGUUAUACUGAUAAAUGGACAGUUUCCUGGUCCCAGGCUUGAUGCUGUGACAAAUGACAACAUAAUCCUAAACCUCAUCAACAAAUUGGACCAGCCAAUCUUGUUAACAUGGAAUGGGAUCAAACAGCGAAAGAACUCGUGGCAGGAUGGUGUUUUGGGAACUAACUGCCCGAUCCCUCCAAAUGCGAACUACACGUACAAGUUCCAAACGAAAGAUCAAAUCGGGAGCUACAGCUAUUUCCCCUCAACUCUAAUGCACAGAGCUGCCGGAGGUUUUGGAGCUCUUAACGUUUACGCCCGAUCAGUGAUUCCCGUUCCAUAUGCUACUCCAGCCGGAGAUUAUAGUUUGCUUGUCGGUGAUUGGUAUAAGGCCGGCCACAAGGGAUUGCAGCAAAUACUCGAUUCAGGAAAGCCGUUGCCUUCACCUGAUGGAAUCCUUAUAAAUGGCCGGGGUCAAUCUUCUUUCAGUGGCGAUCAAGGGAAGACAUACAUGUUCAGGGUCUCGAACAUCGGCUUGUCCACAUCUAUCAAUUUCAGGAUUCAAGGUCACAAAAUGAAGCUCGUCGAGGUUGAAGGGUCUCAUGUGCUUCAGAAUAUCUAUGAUUCUCUUGAUAUUCACGUCGGCCAAUCCGUAUCAGUUCUAAUCACCUUGGAUCAGUCCCCGAAGGAUUAUUACAUAGUUGCCUCCACCAGGUUCACACAAACAGUCCUUACGGCUACUGGCGUGCUGCACUACUCGAACUCCCAGACACCGUUAUCUGGGCCUGUCCCAGCUGGCCCGACUAUAGAAGUGGAUUGGUCCAUUGAUCAAGCUAGAUCUUACAGGUGGAACUUGACCUCAAAUGCAGCUAGGCCCAACCCUCAAGGUUCGUUCCAUUAUGGGAAAAUAACUCCAACGAGGACAAUCAUUCUGGCCAACACAGCACCUGUCAUCAAUGGCAAGCAAAGAUAUGCAGUCAACGGCAUUUCCUACAUCAAUCCCGACACCCCUUUGAAGCUUGCAGAUCACUACAACAUUCCUGGAGUUUUCAGUGUCAACUCCAUCCAGAGCUCACCAUCUGGCGUUGGGCCCAGCCUUGGGACUUCUGUGUUGGGAGCCUCACUCCAUGACUUCAUUGAGGUCGUGUUCCAGAACAACGAGGACACGAUCCAGUCGUGGCAUCUCGACGGUUAUGAUUUCUGGGUUGUUGGAUUUGGGAAUGGCCAGUGGACGCAGGCUAGCAGGCAGACGUACAAUCUUGAUGAUGCUUUGACCAGACACACCACACAGGUAUAUCCAAAAUCAUGGACUGCCAUAUUAGUGUCUUUGGACAAUCAGGGCAUGUGGAAUCUGAGGUCGGCAAUGUGGGGAAGGCAAUAUCUCGGGCAGCAGUUAUAUCUGAGGGUUUACAACCCGACACCAUCUUUUGCGAAUGAGUACGACAUACCAACUAAUGCACUGCUUUGCGGAAGAGCUGUUGGCCGAAAACUUAUUUAA